CUGUCGGCAGUUUUCACAAAAUCUAACGUUGCCGUCACUCUGUUCGAAGACGUCGCUUACGAGCUGAAACGAGGAACAACAAUCCUAAAAGGCAUAUCGGGCUCGGUCAAACCUGGCGAGAUCCUAGCCAUGCUCGGUCCUUCCGGCAACGGCAAAAUCACCCUCCUGACGGCCCUCGGCGGUCGUCUCUCCGGCAGCCGCCGUCUCUCCAGCCACAUCACCUGCAACGGCCGGCAAUUCUCUUCCUCCGCCAAGCGGGCCAUAGGGUUUGUCACCCAAGACGACGUCCUCCAGCCUUGCCUAACCGUAGGCGUAACCAUCCGUCUACACGGCCCUAUUACGCCUCCCGUCCAUCCUGUCCUCGGCCGAGAAAGCUAG